UGGUCCUACGACGGUCAGUGUCUGCUCAUUCUUUGCUCGACGACUGUGGACAAGACGAACAACAACUACUACGGGACUACGACCCUCAAGUACGUCAAUAUGGACCUGAUGACUUCUGCUGACGUCCAGCUCGACCGUGACGGGCCCAUCCAUGACUUGGCCUGGUCGCCAUGCACUCGCGAGUUCAUUGUGGUCUACGGCAUGAUGCCGGCGAAAGCUUGUCUGUUCAACAACAAGGGGCAGGCGAUCUUCUCCUUCGGCACCGGCCCCUUCAACUCUAUCACUUGGUCUCCUCACGGCAGAUUCUUGUGCAUCGGCGGCUUCGGCAACUUGGCCGGGCACAUGCAGUUCUGGGACAAGAUGCAAAGGCAGAAGAUCGGGCAGGCGACGGCUCGUUGCUCAAUCUACAGGAGCUUCUCGCCAUGCUCGCGCUACUUCAUGACGGCGGUCACGUUCCCUGGUUUGAGGAUAGACAACGAAGUCUGCCUGUGGAAAUAUGACGGCACGCUCCUCUACCAGCUCAAGGACUUUCACGAGCUCUACCAGGCCGAGUGGCGA